UUUAUUGGUAUUUCUCGUAUUUCUUUUCAUUCAAAUAAUUUAAAUAAUGCGGAACAGUUAAAAAGUGCUACUUGCUUUGAAGAUAGGUGAGAGAGAGUUAUAUUAAACAAUAAAUUUACUAUAAAUAUUUAGUUUAUAUGAAACAUGAGCGAUAACGAUUAUGAUACACUUCGUCAAAAAAAUAUUGCUGAAAGGAAUGCCAUUUUUGCAGAAUUUUUCAAGGAAGUAAAUAAAUUAAAAGCCGAAGAGAAGAAUUUACAAGAAGCACAAAAAGAAAAGGAGAAUAUUGAAAAUGAACCACCCAGAAAAAAACGAAGGAUAAGUCACAACAAAGACAAUGAUAAUGAUUUUAAAAAUAGUAAACGAUUACCAUUACGUAAACGAUAUAAUACCAGAAGCACAGCUAAAUAUUCUACAAGUGAUGAAUUAAAUGAUUCUGAUAAUUAUGAAAAUAGUAGUAAUGUACCUAGAAGGAACAGAGCAAAACUAAAAGUUUUGUUUCCCUGGGCAAAACCAUUCCAAAGGAGUAUUGAUCUAAUGAAAAUGAGAGUAUGUGAUAUUGAUGAGAAGGAAGAAGAAAAUGAUGAUGACGAUGAUGAUUAUGAUUAUGAUAAUAAUCUAUCAGAUGAAUCUUUUAGCAAUAAAAAAUAUUCCAAGGUAUCAAAGUCUCCAUAUGAUCCUAAUAGCAUACCAUCGGUUGAUAAGAUAACACAGGAAAUGUUAGAUAAUGUGGCAAAACGAAGUACACUAAAAAAAUAUUGUAAAAUAUAUGGUACAAGUUGUCAUCAAUGUAGACAAAAAACUCUGGAUACAAAAACAGUUUGUAGAUCAGGAGAAUGUAUUGGUAUAAGAGGCCAAUUUUGUGGGCCUUGCUUACAAGGAAGAUAUGGAGAAAGUGCAGUCGAAGCCUUACAAGAUCCAAACUGGGCCUGUCCUCCUUGCAGAGAUUUAUGUAAUUGUAGUAUAUGUAGGACAAGGAAUGGUUUACGACCAACAGGAAUUUUAGCUCCUGUAGCACAAGAAGGAGGAUAUUCAUCGGUGAUGGAUUAUUUACAAUCUGUUGAAGAUGAUACAUAACUUAUUUUCAUAGAAUAUAAAAAAAAUUGAAUGAAAUAUUAAUUUCACAUAUUAUGUAUUUUUUGAUAAAGUAAUGCUCGUUUAUAUAAACAUAGUAUUUCUUUUAUAUAUUGCUGUCUACCAAUUUCUUUAAUUUUUAUUUUACAAAGAUAAUUUCUAAAAGAAAUUCAUUUUAUAGCAACAAUGGCAUAUUGUCUUGGUGAUAAAACAGGAUUAAACAAGCGUAAAA